CCCCCAAACUAUGAGAUGAUCAAGGAAGAGCACGAGGCAUCUGUGCUGGGGGCACCCCCACCCGCGUCUCCUGUAGUGCUCACCAUACCCCCGCCCGCGUCUCCUGUGGCGCCCACCGUGAUCAACAUCCGCAGCGAGACCUCGGUGCCCGAUCAUGUGGUCUGGUCCCUGUUCAACACGGUCUUCAUGAACUACUGCUGCCUGGGCUCCAUCGCGUUUGCCUACUCCGUGAAGUCUAGGGACAGGAAGAUGGUGGGCGACGUGAUCGGGGCCCAGACCUACGCCUUGACCGCCAAGUGCCUGAACAUCUUCGCCCUGGUCCUCGGCAUCAUUCUGACCGUCAUGUUCAUCAUCCUUUCACCGCGGCUCCAGUAA